AACUUAUUUGUUGAGGAACACUCAUGAUGUUUGAAUUUGUUUGUGAAAUGUUAACUAGUUGUCUAAAUUGAAACCUAUCAUAUGUCAUAAUAACAACAUAAACUGAUUUGGUAUUCAAUUAUUGGAUUUCCCACCCUACAAAUAUACGAUAGUUCAUCAUCACAUUCAUCCCAAGUUGUCGAGUUCUCUUGUUGUCUCUUCUCUCUCUAUUUGAAGAUUGCUCUCAUUUCUUUAUAUUAGUUCUUCAUUCGUAAAUACAAAGUUUCCUCAACAAUAUUUUUUAGCUGCUCAUCCACAGGGAAAAAACAUGAUAGAAUGUGCAUCUUCUUGCUUGAUGACAAGCGAGCCAAAUGAGAACGUUAAUUAUGAUGGGACAUAUGCUCUACAACCCAAUUGUAUGUGCCUAGAGAUUCAAAUGGCACAAUCAGAAAAAGAAGUAAUUCGCAACCAUGAAAUUGAUGCAAGGGAAUUGCAUGGAGAUAUGCAUGGCAAAAUGUCUUAUGUUCAUCUUUUCCAGAAAGAGCUUACACCUAGUGACGUUGGAAAACUCAAUAGACUCGUCAUUCCUAAGAAAUCGGCGCUUAAGUAUUUCUCUUACAUUCUCGAGACCCUUGAAAGGGCGAAUUUGAAGCAUAUGAUGAACGACGAUGUGGAGCUCAUUUUUUACGAUAAGGCGAUGAAGUGUUGGAAAUUCAGGUAUUGUUAUUGGAGGAGCAGCUAGAGCUUUGUGUUCACCAGAGGGUGGAACAGGUUUGUGAAGGAGAAGAAGUUAAAAGAGAAGGACAUUGUCACCUUUUAUAGGUGUAUGAUGAUACAUGAUGAUCAUGUACAAUCAUUUUUCUUCAUAGAUGUUACAACUCAUCGCAAUGGCACCGAUAAAUGUUUCCUGGCGAAAAAUGAAACCGCUAAUUUGUUGUUGCCUAAUGGACGAGGAUUUGAUUUGAGACUAGGUGUGAUUCAAAAGGACGAGAAGGAACAAGAAUUGAGACAUGAUGAUAAUAGUUAUAGUUGGGAAUCAAUAAGCAACAAUGUAAGCAAGGGAAAAGGAUUCAUGCUUUUUGGUGUUCAAAUAUGCUAAUAUAAUACAAUAUAAGACAUUAUUUGUAAUUAUCAUAAUUCAUAACUGUUAUGUCUUAUUUUCAAAGUUAGGAAAAAAACGUGAUAAAGUGUGUAUGGAAUUUUAAUUAUUAAUCUUUGUGUGAGAUAUUGAUACCCAAAAUAUUUAAUUAAGUGGUCGUUUGAAGUUGGAUUGCAUAUGUUAUAUUUGGAUGAAAUGAAUUAUGAAAAUUCAUAAUUUUUUUUUUUGUUAGAAUGGAACACAAUACUUGUAUUUGAGGAGAAGAUAAGACCAUCAAACUCAUGCAUUAUGGAUGAUUGUGAAACUCAGCUAAAAACUAAGAUUGUUUUGAGGGACUAGUCAUUUUUUCUUCUUUAUUUUUGAGGGCCCACAAUCAUUCAACUUCCAAACAAUAUAUUUUUAAAAUAUAUAUAUUGAAAUAAUGCAUCUAAUUAGAAUAUAUAAAUUGAUUAAAUACAUCAAUUAGAAAAUUAUAACUUCCAAAAUGGCCUAAAUUCUAUCCACCUCUCCGUCCUUUUAUAGAGUUACGCAUAUCACAUAGUGUAACACGUAAAGUCAUUUAUUUGUUGUAGGAUAAAUAACUCUUUGUCUUUUAAACCUCAAUUAACUAGUAUUUAUAAAGGAAAAUCUAAAAAACCAAUCAUAAAAUACAAAUAAAAUAAAAAUACUGCGUUUUCUACAUUUGUCGACGAACAAAUGUACAAAAAAAUUGGCUGGAUUUUGGUGGACCCGCUCAACCAUAUUCCACCUACUUUGCUUGAGAAUCCCUCAAUUUUUUUCAACAUAAAAAGAACCGUCGACUUUCCCUCCCCAAAUAGAUGCUUAAUAUGGUACAUUGUAUAUAAUCGAUGAUCAAAAUCAUCGAUAAUUGUUCUUCGUGUAUUUGAUAUUAGGGUUUAACGUAUAAACUUAAACAAUUAGGGUGUAGAACUCACUCAUUUGAGUUUAGGGUUCAAGAUUCACUCAUUUAAGAAUUCUGGUUUAAGCUUUAUAAAUUAGGGUAUAGGAU